AUGGGGUUGUCACCCGCCGGCAACGGGCACCACCGACGGCGGAGCUCAGUGCUCACGGGCGCAAAUCGUUCAAUGCAGCCGGGCUCCUCGGAACGGAGGGAUGAUAGCCUGCGACCGCAUGGAGACGCAGCUCCAAACAAAUGGGACGAACAGGAGCCCUUGACAGCCGAGGAUACCGAUUCUUCCGAGAUAUCGUCCUCGGCCCUGGAAAAUCGGGAGCUGGAUGUGAUGAGUUCGGACGAUGACCAAUAUGACGAGGAGACGGGUCUCACAGCAAACCAGAAACGCCAGCGACGGCGGCGGCGUCGCCAACGUCGCAAGUUGGAUGCUCGUAUCGCUGAUGUCAAGUCGUCUCGAUUCGGUCUGCCCUCGCUAGGGUUAGCUGAUCGGAACGUCGCUCGCAAGCUGCUUGCGAACGCUGGGUUGAUCCUGCUGUGGUACUUUUUCUCCCUGUCCAUCUCCAUCUACAACAAAUGGAUGUUCUCUGAAAAUGACAUCGUCUUCCCCUUUCCUCUCUUCACCACCAGCCUGCACAUGGCUGUCCAAUUCUCCCUUGCCGCUCUUUUGCUUUGGAUAUUUCCUUCUCUACGCCCUAGACAUCCCCCGCGGUCACCCUCAGCAUCGCCCGUGGAAGACCCCGAGGAAUCUGAACCGGUGCUCACAAAAUCCUUCUAUAUAACACGCCUUGUUCCUUGCGGUGCUGCGACAUCACUCGAUAUUGGCCUCGGCAACACGUCCCUCAAAUUUAUCUCCUUGACGUUUCUUACCAUGUGCAAAUCAUCUGCACUCGCCUUCGUUCUUCUCUUUGCUUUCCUUUUCCGCCUCGAAUCUCCCUCUGUCAAACUGAUCCUUAUCAUCGCUACAAUGACGAUCGGUGUAGUGAUGAUGGUAGCAGGCGAGACCGCUUUCAAUGCGGUUGGAUUCAGUCUAGUCAUUGCUUCCGCUUUCUUUUCAGGUUUCCGAUGGGGCCUGACCCAGAUUCUUCUUCUUCGCCAUCCGGCUACCUCCAAUCCAUUCUCGACUCUCUUUCUCCUUACGCCCGUCAUGUUCUUCUCACUUCUCGCCAUCUCGCUCGUGGUCGAGGGUCCUAACGAUAUUCACUAUGGUUUCCUUACGCUUGCUGAACAGCGGGGAACUUUGUUCGGGUCGUGCCUGUUGAUAUUCCCGGGUAUCCUCGCCUUUUGCAUGAUCUCCUCCGAAUUCGCCUUGUUGAAACGUUCGUCCGUCGUCACUCUCAGUAUUUGUGGAAUCUUCAAAGAAGUCGUCACGAUCAGUGCUGCGGGCGUUAUCUUCCAUGAUAAGCUCACGGUUGUCAACAUCACCGGCUUGGUGGUCACCAUUGGUAGCAUUGGAUGCUACAAUUACAUGAAAAUCUCCAAAAUGCGCAGUGAGGCAGAGGAUGACGACUGGCACCGUGAUGGGACGCCAGACUCUGACUCUGAAGAUGUCAGCGGUGGUGAGUUUGGAGACUACCACCCUGUCAACGAUGCCGAGACGGGCGCCAUCCCUGCGGCACAGUACGAUGAUGAUUUGCAAACAUCGUCCGUCGGUGACCAGCGACGCUCGUUCCGUGUCCGGGCAAGCGGCGCAAUGCACAACCUGUCAAUUUCCACCACCAUCCCGGAGGACGAGAUCGAGACGCCCAUUAGAUCCGCCCCUCCAACCAUCACCACCAUGGCCGAUGCGGGAUUCUCCCACCUCCAAGCGUCCGAUCGGGAGGAUUCCCCGGGCGUCCAUUCUAGCUCUUCGGUCUCGCCCAUGCGAACCCAAACCCCAUCCCACCCUUAG